UCUCCGGGAGAGCGUGGAGCCUCAUUCACUGAUUAGAGCCGGCGCUGAGAGGCAGUACUGCUCCUUCUCCCUCACGGUGGUGUUGUGUCCUCUCCCCAGCCUGUGUGCAUGCAAUCUACACACCAAAUCCGCAACACACUCUUAACGGGAAGAGCAAAGCUUCCUUCACAGCCUAGCAGACAGGACUCUGUCAAUGCAACAACACUUCUUCUUGGGACCCAGGCUGCUGCAGCUGCUGAAAAAGUGGGAACAGCGUCUUUAGGAAUUUGUCUUCUCAAUUUUGUUCUGAAGUAAUGGUGCUGCAGUGAAUCAGUAAAUUUCUGGGCACAUUUACUGAAACAUUUAAAGAGUUUGGUUUGUCUUGACUUCAGGCCUGGUCAAGAAGUUCCAAUGGAUUUGCACAGAGCUGCUUUCAAGAUGGAAAGCUCUUCCUAUCUCCCCAACCCUCUAGCAUCUCCAGCCCUCAUGGUUCUUGCGUCCACUGCUGAAGCUAGCCGUGAUGCCUCCAUCCCUUGUCAACAACCACGUCCCUUUGGAGUCCCAGUGUCUGUGGACAAAGAGGUACAUAUUCCCUUCACCAAUGGUUCAUAUACCUUUGCCUCCAUGUAUCAUCGUCAAGGAGGGGUGCCAGGGGGUUUCACCAAUCGCGACUUUCCUCCUUCCUUACUGCAUCUUCACCCACAGUUUGCACCUCCAAACUUGGACUGUACCCCUAUAACUAUGCUGAACCAUAGUGGUGUUGGUGCCUUCCGGCCCUUUGCUUCCAGUGAGGACCGAGAAAGCUAUCAGUCUGCCUUCAGCCCAGCAAAGCGGCUUAAAAACUGUCAUGAGAAUGACUCACCACACUUGCGGUUCUCAGAUGCUGAUGGCAAGGAGUAUGAGUAUACCCAGAUGCCCUCCAGUUCCCCCAGCUCACUAAAGGUUGAUGACACUGGGAAAAAAAUCUUUGCAGUAUCCGGUCUCAUCUCAGACAGAGAAACCUCCUCUAGCCCAGAAGACCGUAAUGACAGAUGUGAGGUACAGAACAUGAAGGUACAGUGCAGGUUCCCCCAGACUCUGAUGAAUUUAGUACUGGAAAAAGGCAAGAAGAAGGCAACUCUUUAUGACAGCCAGGCUCCUGUCUGCCCAAUUUGUCAGAUUCUGUUGCGUCCAGGAGAACUACAGGAACACUUGGAACAGGAACUGGAGAAACUUACACAGCUGAACAUCAGCAAGAAUUCUAUUCUGAAGGACUGCAUAACACCCGGUACACCCAAGUCUGUUUUGUUGUCGACGUCAAUCAAGCGAGAAGGAGACUCCCCGGCAUCAUCACCUCUCUCCACGGAUGACCUCCACCACUCGGACAGAUACCAGGUGGGAGAGGGGCAGGCAAACCACAGCCAAGCUUGUUUCGUUAAUGUAGGGUGGAAAAGCCUUAGAGUCCCAGGUUUCUGUAACGGAUACCAGACAUUUUUGCGAGUAAGAGCUAAUAGGCAGACCAGGCUAAAUGCUUUCUGUAUUGCUGGAAGAAAUCUAGAAACUCGAAUUGGGAAAUUGAAAAGGAGGAAACAGGACGAAGGACAGGUAUGUCCAUUGUGUGCUCAACCGCUCGUUGGAUCCGAGGAAGAGAUGAGUAGGCAUGUGGAGCAAUGUCUGAGUCAGAGGGAUGGCUCCUGUUUGAAUGAUGAGGAUUCCAUGGAUGUGGAAAAUGGGAAUCGCUUUGAGGAGUAUGAAUGGUGUGGCCAGAAGAGGAUACGAGCUACGACACUACUAGAAGGUGGAUUCCGAGGAUCUGGUUUUAUAAUGUGUAACAGUAAAGAAAAUCAUGACAGUGAUGCAGACCUUGAUGUAGACGGUGAUGACACACUCGAGUAUGGCAAACCACAAUAUACGGAAGCUGACAUUAUUCCUUGCACUGGGGAGGAGCCAGGUGAAGCCAAAGAGAGAGAAGCACUUCGAGGCGCAGUCUUAAAUGGUGGAACGCCCAGUGCCAGAGUAACAUCAGAAUUUUCCAAGUGGACCAACGAUGAAAUGCCCUCAACAAGUAAUGGGGAGCUCAGCAGACAAGAGUCAUCACAGAAAACGUGUAAAAACAGUGAAAUUGAGAAAAUCACAGAGGACUCUGCUGUAACAACGUUUGAAGCACUAAAGGCACGUAUUCGUGAGUUAGAACGGCAGCUUUCUCGUGGGGACCGGUACAAAUGUCUUAUCUGCAUGGACUCUUAUACCAUGCCACUGACUUCAAUUCAGUGCUGGCACGUGCAUUGUGAGGAGUGCUGGCUGCGAACUUUGGGUGCCAAGAAACUGUGUCCCCAGUGUAAUACCAUCACAUCACCGGGUGACUUGCGGCGCAUUUAUUUGUGAAAACGGGCAGAAGGCAGACUACGCUGUUAUGCCCAGCUAAGGAGUGGAAGACUGUUGGGGGGAAAACACUUGAGAGAAAAAUUGGAGAUGAGACUCUUAUUAAUUGAUUAGAGCGUGGAAGUAACAAAUACUUUUCUCUCCAUAUGGAUGGGAUGUUGCCCAGUUUAUUCCACAGACAUGAUUCCAUUUGCAAUCUCAUUCUGGGUUAUUGAUAUCAUCAUUGAGUUUAAAGUUGGAAUUUGGGACAUCCUUUUUUCUCUUCUUGCCCCCAAAGGACCAAUUCUUAUUUUCUCAUUGACUGAGCACUAAAGGACUGCAAAACCAGGGGAGGAAAGAUGGACAAGAAACCGAAAAAGAAAAUAGAUGGACUGCUGUUAAAUCUCCUGUAACUGUGUCUUUUUUUGUGGUGUUUCUAGUGACAAAUUAAAACAUGCAGGCAAGAUUGAAGCACAUGUAAUAUAAAUUAUAUCUGUUUACAAUGUUGUGUAUAAAUGGAAAAUGUACUAAUGGAAUCUCCAGUUUUUUUUUAAUAGAAAACAAACAAAAAAAAGACAGCUAUUUUCUUCUCUUUGGUUUACCAAAAACAAAACAAGCUUUUUGUGAUGUAUGUGUACAUACAAGGCACACAUAUGGUUUUAUGUACAUUGCUGUAUAUUUCUUAUUUAAAAUUGACUGUAGUAUCACUAGUAACUUUGACAAUGUACAGAAAAGAUUUUUGUUUUUCUAAAACAAAUGAAAGAUACUUUAUUGAGUGGACAGGUGUAAAACAGUCCUCAGGCUGUUCUUCGUAACUGACGGUAUCAUAAGUAAAAGAUGAAAAGCAUUCAUGUUGUCGGGAGCUACAAAGUAGUCUUGACAUCUCAGAUUUUUUUCUUGGCUUCUGUUUACACCACUUCCAACAUACUAUCCAGCAAGAAGUUCCAUAUUUUUUUUUACAUCACAGAGAGUUCUUUGAAAUUGUAUUUGUGAGCGUUAGGGGAGACUUCAUAGUGGACAUCUCCUUAUUGUACUUUCUGAGAUGGACAUUGUUUGUUUGGAUUCCAAGAAUCUACUUUGUGUCUCGUGAACAUAGUGCGUUGUAUGGUUUAGAACCCCAGUCAUUAUUGUCCUAUGUAGACAAUACACACCACCUCCUUUUGCACAUUUAAUGCUUUGAUAUUGAUCUGUGAUGUUUUAGUAACACAUUCAUGGAUGCUGCUAUAGCCUUUAUAGUCUCUUAUUCCUGCAUCAUAUAAAUGCUGCUCUUUUCUUGGCAGCCAUCUGAGGUAGAAAACAGAUGUUUAGGCUUUGGGGUGUAUUUAUUUUUGUACAUUUGUGUAGUGUUUGUUGUACAUCUACAGUCUUGUACCUUGAAAUCAGCUCUUUGGAUUCUUGCUCACUCUAUCCAAGCUCAGUUUUUUAUACUUGAUUAUAUUCUGUAGUAAGUCAGCUCAAUACUAGAACAAGACAGAAAGACUGUCCCUUACAUUUGUACUGAAGAGUGUUCUAUAUGUAGGCUAUUUCUUUUUGGAUAUCUUAGGAUGCCUUAAUUAUCAUAAUGGCACCAUAUUUGGACUUUUUGGUUGGCACCAUCAUUUUGUGAUGUUUUCCAUGAAAACCGUACUGGUGUACAUUUUUCGUGACAAGUCCACUGACUCCCUUGACCUUUUAUCUACAGUACGUGAUGUCAAAUAAAACCCCCGGGUAGAGUAAAAUUUAACAUUAUAGUGUAAUACAGCACUCACUAGUCAUCUGUAGAAUACAGAUUUGUAUAGCAUGUCAGCUUUUGCUAUUUCAGUACAAGAUUUUGCUGUGAUAAAGGGGAUCUGAGUAGCAAAACAGAAAUGCAUAACCAUUGAUUUCAGCCAUCUUAAAUGCGUGAUUGGGCAGCUGUUUCAUUAAUUAUUAUUUGGUACCUUUAGUAUUAAAUAAUGUAAAUAAUUGCCAAGUGUAGGAUUUGUUCACUUUACUCAAACUAAGACAUGCUUGUUCAUGUGAUGCAGGAGUCACAGAGGAAAAGGGACUGUCUGGACAUUUUAUAUUUGCUAUGUCAGGGCAUUACAUGUAGCACUUUGAUUUUUUUUUUUUACUUUGCCAUGACACUGCCUUGCAUCUUUUGUCAUCCAGUAUUUUGAUAUUUUGCUGUCUGUGAAGUUUGUUUGAAAAACUUUAGUUGUAAUGUUGCAUAUAUUUGAUUAUUGUUAAGACUUGCUUUGUAGCACCUUAGGGUGAUAUAUUGUUUAAAAAAAAGUACAAAUUGCUAAUAAUAUAUGGUCACAAGCAGUAAUAUGUAUUGUCAACUUUGGAGCAGUACAGAAAUUAUUUGCAAAAGAAAACUUUCACAGAAGGUUUGGUGGUUGUUUGUAGUAUGAGAUGUAGAAGGAAGCUAGGUGGUGUUUCUGAAAAUCAGCAAUGUACUCUGUUUUGGUACUCAUUGUUUGCCUGUAAAUGAAAGUACUGCAAUUAAAUGUAUGUAAAUGUUAGGCACUUUCAUCUUGGGGUGGGGGGUGCUUUGGGCAGGACAUCCUAGCUUGCUCACAGUCUGUAGUUAACAGUUAAACACUUAAAAUACCAUUGUGAUAGAAACAAAAAAAGAACCUGGGUGUUUUGCAUCUUACCUUGAUAUCCUGCACAGUGUGUGUGUCCCCACAGUAAAGCAUGUAAUAAUUUUUGUUAAUUUCUUGUACCCCAUACUGGCCUAUUAAGUGGCUAUGCCAAAGUGUUUGUCAGCUAAGCUUACCCUUUUUCAUAGUGUAUUUUGUGUGACUCGAAGAUAUACAUGUUUUCUUUUCAAUUUCUUUCUCAUUCCAGAUCUUCUAGCAGUUCACUUAGAAUAGUUGUACUCCAGAGUUCCUACUUACGUUUGGACUAUCUGGAAAGUGUGUGUGUGUGUGACUGUAAAAUAUUCUUCACUGACUUUCUUGUGUGUGUGUGUGUGUGCGAGUUAUAAAUGCACUGUAGUGACCCUCCCCCCAUAACAGUGUCUUAAUCAGAUUAAAUGUGCAGAACUGACAAAUCUCAUAGAUGCAGGGAUUUCUUACAAUUCACUUUUCGUAUCUCAUCAGGGGCAAAUAACUUUAAAGUCAGGGACACCUAAUCACAUAGGAUAUGCAUAUACAAAUAAGCACAUUAACGCAAACUCAUGCAUGUGUACAAUUGUACAGAGACAGGGCAUCAUUUUAGAGCAGUUUUUUGUUAUUUAAAACACACACACACAAUAAUUGUAUCACAUACACACAAAUAAUACUCAAGUAUGAGGUGACAGCUGGAAGGAGUGAUACUGAAAGGUCAGCACAAUCAAGUAAUCCGUACCUCUAAAUGAACAGUUUCCUAGAGACAAAACUGUAGCUGUAAAGCAGUAUCAGCUUACAAACUGAUGCAAGUCCUUUAUAUAGAGUACAGAUAUCGGAGCAAUGCAAUAUCACUUUAGAAUCAGUAUACAGAUGUAAAAAGCAAAUCACCUUUGUUAAAAAAAAAAAAAAAAAAAAAAAAUCCU